UGUUUUAGAUCCACACAACCGUAUCGUGAUGUCUGCUUUCCGGACGGUCUAUUUCAACAGUGAAAGUCAUCGUGCGUCGUUGCAAGUUCUUCUCUUCCCUCGUCUCCAUCUGGGGAGAACGGGCCGAGCAUUGUGACCUCACUGACCCCAUGUGCCUGGCACCCUUGGCCCAAAUGUGCCUUGUCGUAGAGGGAAGAAUUGCAGAGGGUACGGAGCAUAACGAAGAGAUUUUCUUUUCUUCCACUGGGCGUAGUUCACACCCCAGAGCAAAAGGAAAUGCAAAACAUACAGCAGCAGGGAUUCCCACGUGGUCACCCACCGUAGUACUAAUCUGCCGUUCAACUGCUUAUGUAUGGCAGAGCGGACGGGAUUAUAAUCAUCCAUCAUUUGUUAGCCUACAGCCAGCGCGGUUCACGGUGACAGAAGUCCAAGGACACCGUGCUUUUGCACACACUGUGAACUGUAUCCGGAGAUCCUCUACGAGAUCGUUCCUUGUUGGUCAAACGACUGUGCCCUUUCACAGCUUUCUGUAUCGCGUAUUCAUCGAAUCACACGAACAAGGGUACGGAGAAACUUGUUAUCGACAAGUGACGUCUGGAAAAGAAAAGGCUGGGGAUAACAUCUCGGAGCUACUAUUAUACCCGAACUAGAUUACAACACCUUACUCGUAAACUCACCUUUGACUCUCACAACAGCUCCAACAUAUUUACUGUCAAUCAGGAAAAGCAAAAUGGCCGAGUCAAAGUAUGUCCACUUUGACCAGAAAGAUGUGGUGUACAAGACUGUCAACAAGCACGAAAUCUCCACAGC